UUAGUUAUCCCGUGCAGUUCCCUAGAUCAUCACACAGAGAGGUUAAUUUCUAGUGAAAUUCCACACGAGAAAGAUGCCCCGCAGAUGUCUAUUUAACUGUACCAGCAGCGUGAAAGAGGAACCUAGCAAUGUUUUGCCGAAUGAAAAUGAUUGGGAAAAGAUUGACGAGAAACCCGAUCUCGAGAGCUUCCAACUCUUACCACAUCUGCCAGAAAAUUCGACCGAUAACCUUCGUAAUUUUGAUAAAAAUCAUGACAGUGAAUUUGAUGACGAAGUAAAAAUUAUCGUUGAAUGUGAAGACGUCAAGCCCAACAUUAAUUCGUUAAAAGUUGAAAAAGUUGACGAUGAUUCCGAAAAUCACUUGCAGAGUAUGAAGUGCAGCGAUGAUUAUAAAACUAAAAACAUAAUUAAAAUAGAACCUUUGGUGUCAGUAAAACAAGAAAUUGUGGGUGACACUGAAGAGAAAUCGAAUUUGAUAUUCGACCCUAUGCUUGUCGAACAGAUAGAAAAACAAAGAGUUACAAAAAAACUCAACAAAGAUCGUAACCUCAAAACCCACAUCGAUUCGGUACAUCAUAAAAUUACGCAUGCAUGUGUUAAAUGUGGCAAGAAAUUUUCAUACAAGUAUACUCUCAAAAAGCACAUCGACUUUGUACAUAAUGGUAUUACUCAUGCUUGUGUUAUAUGCGGAAAGACAUACUCAGACAAGAGUACUCUCAAAAAACAUAUCGAUUCGGCUCAUAGUGAUGCCCCACCUACUUGUGAUAUAUGUGGAAAAACAUUCUUAAGUAAGAGUAAUCUCAAGAAUCACAUACACAAGGGUGUCAUCCAUAUUUGUGAUGUAUGUGGCAAAAAAUUUUCACGAAAGAGUCAUGUCAAAAUCCAUAUCAAUAUCGUGCACAAUGGUAUUAGACACGCAUGUGAUAGUUGCGGAAAGAAAUAUUCUGAAAAGAGUAGUCUCAAAGCCCACAUUGAUUCAGUGCACAAUGGUAUUACUCAUGCUUGUGUUAUAUGCGGAAAAAAAUUCUCAACAAAGGGUCAUCUCAAAAACCACGUCGAUUCGGCGCAUAGUGAUACCCCACCUACUUGUGAUAUAUGCGGAAAGACAUUCUCAAGUAAGAGUAAUGUCAAGACACACAUUGACGUGGCACAUAAGGGUGUCACCCAUACUUGUGAUGUAUGUGGCAAGAAAUUUUCACAAAAGAGUCAUGUCAAAAUCCAUAUCGGAAAGAAGUUCUCAGAGAAUGGUAGGCUCAAAAAACACAUCGAUUCAAUGCACAACAGUGUUCAUGCAUGUGAUAUAUGCCAAAAGACAUUCUCAGACAAAAGUAAUCUCAAGAAGCACAUCAAUUCGGUGCACAAGCAAAUCCGACAUGCAUGUGAUACUUGUGGAAAAAAGAAGAGGAAGAGUAAUCUCAAGAUCAACGCCAAUCAGGUGCAACAAUCACGUACUAAAACUUGA